UGCUUUCCUUUAAAAUUAAAAACGACGAGUCGUAUGGUGCUUUGAUGUGUGUCGUCUUCGAAUCUCAACCGCGGAAAUAAUAAAAUACACUUUGAAAAAUAAACAACAACCAUUAGACAAGUAGAAAGCAAACAAUAUUGAAUAAUACUAUGGCCACUGUGAUUGAUUCCCAUUUCUUAACCCUCACCGCCAUAGUCACGAUUGCAUAUCAGUUACUGUUUUUCGUAAUCACUGCACUCCUGAAAUUCGACAAGGUCACUGAUUUUGCCGGAAGUACAAAUUUCGUUAUAGUCGCUAUAUUGACUUUGGUGCUCAAAGGGUCAUGGCAUUUUCGACAGAUAAUCCUCACUCUCUUUGUUGUAUUAUGGGGUCUUCGUCUCGGCCUUUUUCUCUUACUAAGGAUUUUACAGUGGGGAGAGGAUCGCCGCUUUGAUGAAAUGCGCAAUAAUUUGGGUAAAUUGGCCGUGUUCUGGAUAUUUCAGGCUGUUUGGGUUUGGACCGUGAGUUUACCUGUUACAGUGGUUAAUGCAAGCGAUGGAAAUCCUAUUAUACAGGCUGCGGAUAUAAUAGGGUGGUUUAUGUGGGCUGUGGGUUUUAUUAUUGAAGGUUCAGCAGAUCAACAAAAAUUGCAUUUCAAAAAGUCCUCAGAAAAUAGAGGGAAGUGGUGCAAUGUUGGACUUUGGAAAUAUUCUCGCCAUCCUAACUAUUUUGGUGAGAUAUUGCUUUGGUGGGGAAUUUUUGUGGCAUCUACACCUAUACUUAAGAAUGCUGAAUGGCUGGUAAUCAUUGGACCAAUCUUUCUCACAUUGUUGCUUCUUUUCAUCAGUGGCCUUCCGCUGCUCGAGGAAUCAGCAGAUAAGAAGUUUGGCAAUGUGGAUGGAUAUAGGGUGUACAAACGAAGAACUAGCCCUUUAAUCCCAUUGCCACCAGCAGUUUAUGGAAACUUACCAGCGUGGUUUAAAUCAGCUUUUCUCUUUGAAUUUCCACUCUACAGUCGUAAUUUACCACAAGAAGAACUAAGCUGUGUCUCAGACCAUGCAGAUUGUGUUAAUUCUGGGAGUUAAUUUACCACAACCCACAUGAAUUCUGAGGAGAACCUUACAAAUACAAUUAUGCAGCAAGCUUCUUCUUCAGCACAUUAUCUGAACCAAACACAAUAAUAAGAAGAAAAGGAAAAGGAAAAUCUUAAUAACAAGUCAUCUUGCCUUUAUGCUUACUUGCUUAGUACUUUCCUACUCCCGCUACAUUUGUUUCUUUUGAUGUUCAAUUAAAAAUUUGGUUCAAAGCUUUGUAUAUAUGUCUAUAUUAUCAAAGUGUCCCACCACCACAAUAUGCAACUGCAGACGGAUCAUUUGUUAUUGUCUGCAAAUGCCAAAUGAUCUAUGCCAAAUGAUCUUGAAAUGCUUUAAAA